UUUCAUGACGAUAUUAAUCGCCUCACUUUGGAAGGCGUUGUAAGCAUUGCACUAAACACUCGUUUAGGAAUAAUACAUAAAAGUCGCGAUAGUCUGGAAAGUAAAACACUGUUGAAAGAAAUUCGUAAUUUUUUCGCAUUGUCGGAAGAAGUAGAAGUCAACAUUCCCAUUUGGAAGAUAAUCAAAACACCGAAGUUUUAUCAACUGAUGAAAACAUUGGACAUGCUUAUAGUACUAUGCAACAAAUAUAUUGAUGAAGCGCUAAUAAGAAUCGAUUUGGAUAGUGAGGGGAAAUUCACCUCAGAGAUGGGCAAGGAAAAAAGUGUUUUAGAGAAACUACUACGCAUUGAUCGCAGAAUUGCUGUGGUUAUGGCUUUGGAUAUGAUGAUGGCUGGCGUCGAUACAACAAGUUCCACCUUAACGGGCAUUUUAUUUUGCAUUGCUAAAAAUCCGGACAAACAACAGAAACUAUUCGAGGAACUAAAAAGCAUUUUGCCAAAUAAGGACUCCCAUUUGACU